UUGCCUCGACCACGUAGCAGCUUCCUGGCAGCGGCAGCCGCUUGUGUCUACUCUCCCUCCUCUCUGACACACACACUCAGUCACACUCAGUAUCAGUAGCCUAUGUAGAACCACGUAGCACCAGCUUUGGAUUUUAACCACCAACACCACCAGCCGAAACGGCAAUGGAUCUCUUUGAAUUCGACUUUUUCAGAGACUGGGAGCUGGAACAACCAUGUCAUCUGGAGUCGGAUCGCAGCGCCCUGAAGAGGAGAGAGUGGGAGAGGAGGAACCAGGAGGUCCAACAGGAUGAAGACCUGUUCUCAACUGGAUUCAACCUGUUUGGAGAACCUUAUAAAACAAAUAAAGGUGAUGCGUUGGCCAGUCGCGUCCAGAACACAUUGGGCUCCUACGAAGAAAUGAAAGACCUGUUGACCAGCCAUUCCAACCAGAGCCACUUGGUGGGAAUCCCCAAAGGCAGCAACAACCUGCAGACCCCGACCACUUCAACGGCAGAGAGACCCGCCAUGGAGCCCCAGCUUUUCAACGAAGCCCUGAGAGGAGGAACGGGUGGAGGUGAAGGAGGG